UUACAUUAUUACGUGUCAUCUGGCAACGUUCACAAAUCCAUAUGGAUGGAUUGAUUGAACCCACACGAACACGAAGUUCUUGUAUUCGCAUCGCUGCUUCUAGUCCAUUCGACAUUUUGUGAGAAAAGCUAAACAAGGAGAUUCUCGAUUAGUUUCGACAGUGUUUGCCACACUGCUUCGCGCUGCACAUUUCCGAUUCUCCUCGCAUUUAGAGGACAACCAUCAAUUCAAGACCGAGUCUUGCCAGAUUUUAUUCUCGUUGGAGACAAAUUGCCUUGAAUUUUUUUAUGUCUUUGUUGGGAUACCACGAGCCAUUGGUGAUACGUGCCAAGACAAGACCGCCUGCAAAUUCUAUAAAAAAGCAGACGAAUAUAGGAACUUGUAUGUCCAGCCUAAAGUGCAUCAAACACAGUUCGCUAAAUUUACAUCAAGCUCCCAGGCAUAUUUUUAGAAGUAAACACGAAAGCGAUUCAAGAAAAUGGCGCUCAAUGUCAAUCGCAGCGUCACUGAUCAAUUCUACCGUUACAAGAUGCCCCCCAUCAUAGCCAAGGUCGAAGGAAAAGGCAAUGGUAUAAAAACAGUAAUUGUGAAUAUGGCCGAUGUAGCCAAAGCCCUGAAUAGACCUCCAACUUAUACCACCAAGUUCUUUGGCUGUGAGUUGGGAGCCCAGACCCAGGUGGAUGCAAAGCAUGAUCGUUAUAUUGUAAACGGGUCUCACGCCGGUGGUAAGCUGCAGCUAAUGUUGGACAGCUUUAUCAAGAAAUUUGUUCUUUGUCCUGAAUGUGAAAACCCUGAAACAAACCUGAUUGUUAAAAAAGAACGUAUUGGUAAAAUUUGCAAGGCUUGCGGGCAUCAGGCUGUAGUGGACAUGCGACAUAAGUUGACCACCUACAUGCUAAAACACCCCCCGGAAGAUUCGAAUACACCGAAGAAGGAUAAAGACAAGUCUAAGGGCAAGGGUAACAGCAAGAAGCAAACAAAUGGUGUUACUGAAAAGAGUUCAGAAAUUGUGGUGCCGAAACGGGAUGACUACAGCGAUGAUGACAAAGAUUGGUCAGUGGACACAAGUAAAGCAGCUGUCGAAGAGAGAAUGAAGGAGCUGACCGAUGGUGCGAAGGGACUGACCCUGAAUGACGACCUGGAGAAGACCCAAUCAGAGCGGGUUAACAUGUUCCACAGUUAUGUAAAGAAAAUGCGUGAUGACAAAACUAUCCUUGCACCAGAAGCUGACAAGAAGGUUAUGGCGGAGGCAGAACGUCUUGAGGUGAAAGAUAAGGGGCCACUAAUUCUCGGUGAAGUGUUGUUGGAUUUUAGAAUCAUUGACCAACUGAAACAAUAUAGGCUUCACUUUUUACGAUUCACCCAUGAGAACCCCAAGGCCCAGAAAUACCUUCUUGGAGCAAUAGAGCAGUUGUGCGGCAAAGUGUACGAGACUCAGCUGAUGUCAAAGGUUCCGCUUAUUCUUCAAAAGCUUUACGAACUGGACAUAGUGGAUGAGGAGACCUUCAUUGCUUGGGGUAGUAAGCCGAGCAAGAAGUACGUUCCGAAAGAAGUGUCCCAAGAAUUGUUAAAGAAGGCAGCUCCGUUCCUGAAGUGGUUGGCAGAGGCGGAGGAAGCAAGCGAUGAAGGUGAAGAAGAAGAUGUACAGGUUUCUUUCUCGUCGCAGAGCACUGGUUUGGAGGUGAAGCCCGUUAAAGCUCCAUCGACUCCUUCUUAUGUGGAGGAAACGGACGAAAUAAACAUUGAUGACAUUUAGUCGCUCUGCGGGCAGUGGAAAAAACUGAUUUCAUCAGAAACUUCAUUUUUAUAUUUGUGUUUUAAUAAUUUUUCUCGCACAUGUAUGAGGCUUAUUGUGAAAAGUGGCCAAGUUGUCGCACUGAUCAGUAUCGAGUAAUUAAGCUACUGUAUAAAAUAUGGGAACUUAAAAAAUGGCCUAGAAAUAAAUAAUGUUUCAUUAUGAAUUAACAGAUUUAUAUCUAGCUAAUCGUGUCUAAACGUCUUAAUUCUUGAAAUAGUCGACAAACUAGUUAUUUAACAUCUUUCUGGUAGUUGAUUCUUAUUUAAAAUUCAAUGCAUGAAUGACCCCUCAUUUAAAAGAUUGCAUACUAAAGUAUCUGAAAACACCAGUAACUUGAAUUUUGAUUUUUGCUGCAACUUAGUCAUUUUCCACAACAUGCCUGAUAUGCUUAAAAACACAUAAAAGAAAGUAAACAUAAAAUAUGAAAAAAAUAUAUAUAUAAGCACAUAUUAAAAGUUUAAAGAGUUAUUUUUUAAUAGGGAAUUAAAAGUAAUUUUUUUUUAAAGAUUUUUGUCACAUAACCUGAGCAUUUCAUAUGAUUGGUUUAGGUUUUUUUGUUUGUGUUUUUUUGUUAGUCUAGUAAUUUAAGUACAGUAAUUUAAGUACAGUAGAUGCUUAGUAGUGUAGUAAUAUAUUCUUGGUGAUGCGUAUAAAAUCUUCACAAAUGAAUCUACUACUACGCAAUGCACCUCGAUGAAAAAUAAGAAAAUUGUAAUUGUAACUAUAAACAGAAGAUUUACUAACUGGUUGAUUGAUUGAAUGAUUGACAUGUUAUACAGUUUAAUUAUUGACUGACAUAAUAUAUAGUUUACGGUACAAAUCUCUAUCUCGCUCUGCAUUUCUUGAUAUAGUAUAGUGCAGAGGUUUUGCUGUAAAUCUAGAAAACAGAACAGAAAAAUCAGGCUUAGGGGCUUGAGGAUUAAAGGGGUUGCAGAUUGCAGAUUUUUUCUAAACAAAAAGGAUACCUAAGAGUUUCCAUUCUGUAACAUGAGUGGCAAGUAACUUACCAGCUGCUGCUUGACAAUAUAUUAUAGUAUAUAAAAUAUAAGAAAAAUAACAAUUGUAGUAUAUAAUAAAGGUAAACUGUUUACACAUUGUAGGUAAAUAAUGGGUGAAAGCUUUUACUAUCAUUUACUUGCACGGUCAGUUUUGGUAAUAAGUUCAAUGCGAUCUUAGCUUAGGUUUUUCUACUCAAAUAUUGGGUGUUCUUGAUAAAUAUUUUCAAAAUAAAGAUUUUUGAAGAGUAGGUAAGCUUGGAGGAUAUUAAAAUCCAAUAAAAAAAUAUCCAUAAACAUAGUACAAUAAUUAUAAUGAGAAUGAACACCUUGUGUUCAUAAAUAUCCAUUAUUUUCUGGUAAUUUAAGGAGUCGCCUUGCAUGUGUUUUAUGUAUAUUUUUAGCUUUCCACAUUAAUCACUCGCUGCUCUCUGUUACCUCAAGUAACACAAAACAAAAUAUUCGUAGGACAAAUGCUAAAUGUACAAAUGUCUUGAGAUCUUCCUAUUAAAGUCGCUGUUGUCUUCACAUGAGUAAAUUUUGUAAGUGGCUACAUUUGAUGCACAGAUGAUGAACGUACAUUUGACGCCGCAGUGGAAAAUUAUCCCUGCUCUGAUAAUGCACACAGGGUCCAUUAUUCCCUAUUGGGAGUACUAUGUGCCUCUGUAAUAUCUUUCUUUCAUGGAUAUUACAUGCGAUGUAUUCUAAUCUUGAAAUUAUGCUCCUUCACAGGGACGUGGUGUAGCAAGGGACACUUGCUACAUUUUCUGUCUAUCAUUAUGUCUCAGGUCCUGCUACAUUUACACUGUGUAUCAUUAUGUCUCGUAUUGGCUAUCAAUGAAUAUCAUUGUUGCCACAAGUAUUCUUAAAAUUAUAAACGAAGUAAGCCUGUAGUAUUAAAAACUAAAUAUGCUGUUACAUCAUGUGCAGAUAAGGUCUCUAUUUCUUUUCGUUUUAAGUACCAAAUGUUGUACUAGAUAGCUCAUACCUAGAUUGAUGGGAUGUUAAUUCCCUUCCCUGUAACCGUGGGAGUUUGAUCAAAAUGCGAGUCUAUGCUUAAAUGGUCUUUUGAUUGGAAGUAUGUUUGAAUAUUUUACAGCAGAAUUACAUCUUUAAAUGCUAUCUUGUUGAAAUUGGCUAGAAUUGUCUAUGUAUUGCUAAAUGAACCAUCUGUGAAACACAUGAAUUAUCAAAUAAGCACUGCUGCAAUUAUAGAACUGUAUGGUGCUUAUUCGAGAGCUGGGCUUAUUAACAUUUUUGGAGUGUUAAAAUGCUACUCUCUGGUUUAUUUGAAUAAAUUAUUCUUUGAGAAGUUAUUAAUAGAUUCCCUAUGGUACAUAGGAAAGUGUUUUUUCAAUUAAGCCUGUGCUUCUUUAGGUUUAUUAAGAACAUAUCUAAUAAGUGGCGCUUAUUCUAGAGCAGAACGAGAACAGUGCCUAGAAGAAAAAAUAUGUAUAUUGUGGGGUUCGUUUGGGAGCUGCAUGCCUUUUUCAAAGAAGCAGGUAUUCAAUAAUUUAUGACAAAGGCCAAAAAAAUAAAGCAUUGGUAGAUACACAGCACUACUGUAUCUGUUUUAUGGGCUAAAGAAACGAUAUGGCUUUCUGAUCAGUGAAGUGAUAAGAAUAAGGCAGCAAAAGAAAAUGUUUUCCAAUUUUCACAAAAAACACCUUCAGCGUUUUUAAUUUGUACACUUCAGGCAUAAUAGAUGAAUCGUUGUAUUAAGGGUAGGUAACUUAACACACCUUUGGCUUAAUGUACUACAGUAUUCCUAACCUUAAUGCCUUCCUAAUUUACAUAAAUGUAUCUUUGAUGAGCACACAUCUGUUGUGUUUUGUAGUCAUCAUAAAUUUAAAUGCAGCGUUGAAAACACAAAAAAAAUACAUUUUCUUACAGUUCACUUAAGUUUGUAGUCAUAAUGCUUUAACAGCAGAUUUAGAAAAUAUAUUUCAAAUUGAAUAAUAAACUGUAGUAUAGAUGAUGAUAAAAAAAAGAUAUGGUUAUUGUGUGCAUGUAACAGACUGAAUGUUAAACACAUUCUUUUUUCUAUGAUUAUUAAAUUUUAUUAAAGAAAAUCACUUUCUUCCGUGGGUAACCAUGAAAAAUUUGUAAUUACAGAGUAAUUAUACUUGUAUUGUAGAAUUUGAAUCUCUUGUAGUUAUCUGCAGUACACAUUGUUAAACUGGUAGGAAUUUAUGAAUCGCAUUGAAUUUAUGGAUUAUGGUAAUUAUAUUGAAAAUAUGCAGCUUCUGAAUAAACAUUGCUUCUGUA